AGACUGUUCGAACCAAUAAACAGAGACGCUAUUGGUUGGCUCUGAAAGCUCUCCUCAUUCAUUCGCUUGCCUUUUUUUUUUGCUCUUCGGGUUUAUUGUUUUUCUCCGUUUGGAAAUACAACAGGGAAAACUCAACGGCGACAUGGCAGGAGGAAAAGCUGGAAAGGACAGUGGCAAAGCCAAGGCGAAGGCUGUGUCUCGCUCCCAAAGGGCUGGACUCCAGUUCCCGGUGGGUCGUAUCCACAGACACCUGAAGACCCGAACCACCAGCCACGGCAGAGUGGGAGCCACCGCAGCAGUAUACAGCGCCGCCAUCUUGGAGUACCUCACGGCUGAGGUGUUGGAGUUGGCAGGGAAUGCCUCCAAGGAUCUGAAGGUGAAGCGUAUCACUCCGCGUCACUUACAGUUGGCCAUCCGCGGAGACGAGGAAUUGGACUCGCUCAUCAAGGCCACCAUCGCUGGAGGAGGUGUAAUUCCUCACAUCCACAAGUCUCUGAUUGGAAAGAAGGGCCAGCAGAAGACUGCAUAGAGGACGUGACCUCACACCACCAGGAAUUUUAUUUAUUUAACUAGGCAAGUCCAGGAGGAAAGGGGAGCCAUAUUGAUUUUGUUUUGCAUAUUUGUUUGGGUAAUUUUGUAACCGUAGUUGUAGUCUUUGAGGUAUGUGUUGGUUUGUACUGUUUUAAAGGUGAAAGGUGGGGUGUUUAGGGAAGUUAAGAUUUUUUUCUGACAAGAAACUUGUACAUUUUGUACAUAGACCAACAAAUGCUGAAGUUCUUGUCAUGUUCUGAAAAUGUUUGAGUUGAUUGGAUUUAGCUCCAAAAGUGUUUUAUACUUACAAAGUUUUAAUCUUUUAAACAACCUGUGUCUGUUAUUUUAGUCAUAAAGUGAUUUCUUAUUUAGCUUUGACCUUGCUUACCUUCAGAGAUACAGUAGUUCUGAGAUUAUUUCAUUGUAUUCCAUGGAGACAGAAGGUUGUCAUUUUGUGGAGGGAAAGGAAAAUUGGACAUAAUCUUUUUAUUUAACUAGGCAAGCCUGUUAAGAACGAACUCUUAUUUACAAUGAUGGACAAAGCUGGGUCAAUUGUGCACCGCCCUAUGGGACUCCCAAUCACAGCCGGAUGGGACUCCCAAUCACAGAUGUGAUACAGCCUGGUUUCAAACCAUUGACUAGUGGAUGCUCUUUGCACUGAGAAGCAGUUCCUUAGACCGCUGCACCACUCAGGAGCCCAAUGAAGGUCAUUUGGGUGUUUUGCUUGUUCUGAAAAAUCUAUUACAUUUUUCACCACAAGUUCAUGUGUGGACCAUCUUUCUGUCUUUUACGGAUUGUGUGAGUUUGCUGCGUACUGACUCAUCCACACAGUAUGACCAAAUUCUUUGUCGGGCACUAGGUGGCCAUUUGUAAACUGGUCGGAGCUAUUGAGAUGUUUGAAAUGACUACAACAAACAGUCCAUGAUCUGGCAAUGGGAUUGUUUUUCAUUUUAUUUUCACACAAUACUUUCAAAUAUAUAAAUCAAGUGGAACAACUGAGAUUAUCUGAUUUAUAAUGCAAUUGGGGGAAAAAAACGUUCAGUUUAUCCACACUUUUAUACAGCAGCCACAUGACUUGAAACCGAUCCAAUAAAACAAACAAUGUUAUACUUUAAAUAGAAAUUACAGUAUGACAAAAGGGGAGCAGAAACACAUUCAUUAUUGCUCUCUACCCUGAGUAGAAAACUGUUUCUAUGGUCAAUACAUUAGAUGAGAAGUGGAAGCCAGUGGAUAUGUAUUGGGAUGUGUCUCACUAGUCUAAAGUAGUUUCCUUAAAACCACAUUAGACUAUUGAGAUAUCAUCCAAAAGUUUUAAUACUGAUGAGUGUAAGGCUGGUAGGACCCAGUAGUGGGCAUCACCAGGCCUGGGAGGCUGGAGUACUGGUAGAAAGAGUCCAGGGGGAGGCUGGGUAGGGCUGUGGAUGAGCUGUAGUGUGGGUGGAGGUAUGGGGUGGCAGCUCCUGCAUGAUGGGGGUGGUAGGCAUAUAGCUCGGGGUAGUGCUGCAGGUGAGAGGCUACUUUAGCCUGGCACGCUUGGGCAAGAGCGUCCUGGACCAUCCUCUUCAUCCUCAUACGCCUGUUCUGGAACCAGUUACGGAUCUGAGGAGAAACACACAGGCGUUUUAGACACAGCGAUAAAAUAAACCUUUUGAUAACCA